UGUGUCACUGCGAGUGUGUGUGUGUUAAUAUUCUCUCCUCACCAUUCUUGAUGUUCCUAAGAUAUCAUGUAGUGGAGCGAAGGAAGAGUAGACAUGGGGCUCAGAGGAGUGUGUGUGUGUUUGUCUGUCUGUGCACGUGUGUGUGGUGGACUGUAAGAAUAUUGGGUUUAGAGAGCAGACAUGCUUGAUGGAGAGGGGAGGCUAAAGAGACGAGAGCGCUAGCGUGUGUGUGCAUUUUCUAUUUUUUAUUUCACCUUUAUUUAACUAGGUAAGCUCGUUGAGAACAAGUUCUCAUUUAUAACUGCGACCUGGUGUGUGUUAUUAAUUUAUUAAUUUAUUAAUUAUAUAUAUAUAUACACAUACAUACACAUACAUACAGUUCAAGUCAGAUGUUUACAUACACUUAGUUUGGAGUCAUUAAAACUCGUUUUUCAACCACUCCACAAAUUUCUUGUCAACAAACUCUUGUUUUGGUAAGCCGGUUAGGACAUCUACUUUGUGCAUGACACAAGUAUUUUUUCCAACAACUGUUUACAGACAGAUUAUGUGACUUAUAAUGCACUGUAUCACAAUUCCAGUGGGUCAGAAGUUUACAUACACUAAGUUGACUGUGCCUUUAAACAGCUUGGAAAAUUCCAGAAAAUUAUGUCAUGGCUAAUUUGAGUCAAUUGGAGGUGUACUUGUGGAUGUAUUUGGAUGUAUUUCAAGGCCUACCUUCAAACUCAGUGCCUCUUUGCUUGACAUCAUGGGAAAAUCAAAAGAAAUCAACCAAGACCAUCAGCCAAAAUUGUAGACCUCCACAAGUCUGGUUCAUCCUUGGGAGCAAUUUCCAAAUGCCUGAAGGUAUCACAUUCAUCUGUACAAACAAUAGUACAGAAGUAUAAACACCAUGGGACCACGCAGCCAUCAUACCGCUCAGGAAGGAAGAAGCCACUACUCCAAAAUCACCAUAAAAAAGUCAGACUACAGUUUGCAACUGCACAUGGGGACAAAUAUCGUUUUUGGAGAAAUGUCCUGUGGUCUGAUGAAACAAAAAUAGAACUGUUUGGGCAUAACGACCAUCAUUAUGUUUGGAGGAAAAAGGGGGAGGCGUGCAAGCUGAAGAACACCAUCCCAACCGUGAAGCACGGGGGUGGAAGCAUCAUGUUGUGAGGGUGCUUUGCUGCAGGAGGGACUGGUGCACUUCACAAAAUAGAUGGCAUCAUGAGGAAAGAAAAUGAUGUGGAUAUAUUGAAGCAACAUCUCAAGACAUCAGUCAGGAAGUUAAAGCUUGGUCGCAAAUGGAUCUUCCAAAUGCACAAUGACCCCAAGCAUACAAAGUUGUGGCAAAAUGGCUUAAGGACAACAAAGUCAAGGUAUUGGAAUGACCAUCACAAAGCCUUGAUAGAACAUUUGUGGGCUCAAACUGAAAAAAAUGUGUGUGAGGAAGGAGGCCUACUAACCUGACUCGGUUACACCAGCUCUAUCAGGGGGAAAAGGCCAAAAUUUACCCAACUUUUUGGGGGAAGCUUGUGGAAUUCUACCCAAAACGUUUGACCCAAGUUAAACAAUUUAAAGGCAAUGCUACCAAAUACUGAGUUUAUGUAAACUUCUGACCCACUGGGAAUGUGAUGAAGGAAAUAAAAGCUGAUAUAAAUCAUCUCUGCUAUUAUUUGACAUUUCACAUUCUUAAAAUAAAGUGGUGAUCCAUACUGACCUAAGAUGGAAUUUUUACUAGGAUUAAAUGUCAGAAAUUGUGAAAAACUGAGUUGAAAUGUAUUUGGCUACGGUGUAUGUAAACUUCCGACUCCGACUGUUAUACACUACCGUUCAAAAGUUUGGGGUCACUUAGAAAUGGCCUUGUUUUUGAAAGAUAACUGAUUUUGUUUUGUCAAAUUUUAAAGUAACAUCAAAUUGAUCAGAAAUACAGUGUAGACAUGGUUAAUGUUGUAAAUUGCUAUUUGUAGCUGGAAACGGCAGAUUUUUUAAAAUGGAAUAUCUACAUAGGUGUACAGAGGCCCAUUAUCAACAACCAUUACUCACUCCUGUGUUCCAAUGGCACAUUGUGUUAGCUAAUCCAAUUAGCUAGUUUUAAAAGGCUAAUUGAUCAUUAGAAAACCCUUUUUUCAAUUAUGUUAGCACUGCUGAAAACUGUUGGUCUGAUUUAAAAAGCAAUAAAACGGGUCUUUCUUUAGACUAGUUGAGUAUCUGAAGCAUCAGCACACUCAUGUACUUGUCGUUUUGCUCAGUUGUGCACCGGGGCCUCCCACUCCUCUUUCUAUUCUGGUUAGAGCCCAUUUGCGCUGUUCUGUGAAGGGAGUAGAACACAGCGUUGUAUGAGUUUUUUUCUUUUCUUUCAAAAACAAGGACAGUUCUAAGUUACUCAACUUUUGAACGGUAGAAUGCAUGUGUUUGUGUGUGUGUGUCAGAGGAGGCUGGUCGGAAGAGCUAUAGGAGGACGGGCUCAUUGUAAAGGCUGGAAUGGAAUUAAUGGAACUGUAUUAAACACAUCCCAAAAAUAUGGAAACCACAUGUUUGCCUCCUGUCCAUUGAUUCCAUUCCAGACGUUACAAUGAGUCCGUCCUCUUAUAGCUUCUCCCACUGUGUGUGUCUGUGUGUCUCCAUUGGUCUCCAGUGUCGCAGUGCUCCAGGAGGGCUUUGCAUUUUUAAUCAAUGCUGACUGUAGUGAUUAACACUGCUGUUCUACACACGGAUGCAAAACAGAGGGAGGACAAGGGAGAGAGUGAGAGGGAGUGUUUUUGAGGUUAUUCCUAUUUACACGAAUGAACAUUACAAAUGGACGCUCAAAUCAAUGAACUGCACAUCAAGGCCACCAAUUAAAUACGAGAGCCGGCACUGGCUGAUCAAUGUUUGCAAAGCACAUAGCCUCUGCGUGGCAUCAUACAUUUAGAACAAAAAACAGGAGAUUUCCCCUUCUGUUGCCCUGUAUAAUCAUGUUGUUGCUCUGUACAAGCACUGAUACGUUUGCCACAAUAAGCCAUUUCAACAGACCUAUGGUUUGUCUCCUUCUCUCUCAUAUCUUUCUCCGCCCACCAGUGUUGCAAUUUGCAUAUUAAUGAACCAACCAGUGCACUCUAUUUCCUACUUCCUGAUUCUCAGAGAGGGAGACAGCGAGAGAAAUGUGUCCAUGCGUACGGAGGGAGGACUGAAGGCAGCUGUUUCCAGCAGAGCAGAGACCUACAACAUGUGAGAAGAUGUCUGUUGGAGGCUGCGCUUGCCCGGGCUGUUCGUCUAAGUCGUUCAAGCUGUACUCCCCCAAGGAGCCCGGCCCUAACGGCAGUGCCUUCCCCCCCUUCCACCCCGGCACCAUGCUGGACAGGGACGUAGGGCCAACACCAAUGUACCCCCCGUCAUACCUAGAGCCUGGCAUGGGGAGACCAACACCAUACGGCAACCAGACAGACUACAGGAUAUUUGAGCUCAACAAACGGCUACAAAACUGGACAGAGGACUGUGACAAUCUCUGGUGGGAUGCCUUCACCACAGAGUUCUUUGAGGAUGAUGCCAUGCUCACCAUCACCUUUUGUCUGGAGGACGGGCCUAAACGAUACACUAUCGGCCGGACAUUGAUCCCGCGGUACUUCCGGAGUAUCUUUGAAGGCGGCGCCACUGAGCUGUUCUACACAUUGAAGCACCCUAAAGAGUCCUUCCACACAAACUUUGUGUCUCUGGACUGUGACCAGUGCACCAUGGUUACACAGAACGGCAAGCCCAUGUUCACACAGGUGUGUGUGGAGGGCCGUCUGUACCUGGAGUUCAUGUUUGACGACAUGAUGAGGAUCAAGACGUGGCAUUUUAGCAUCAGACAACACAGAGAAGUCCUGCCUCGCAGCAUACUGGCCAUGCACGUGCAGGACCCUCAGAUGCUGGAUCAGCUGGCUAAAAACAUCACAAGAUGUGGCCUGUCCAACUCCACACUCAACUACCUCAGGCUGUGUGUGAUCUUGGAGCCGAUGCAGGAGUUGAUGUCCAGACACAAGACCUACAGUCUGAGUCCCAGAGACUGUCUCAAGACCUGCCUCUUCCAGAAGUGGCAACGCAUGGUGGCCCCACCAGCUGAGCCAGCCAGACAAGCGCCCAACAAGCGGAGGAAAAGGAAGAUGUCUGGCGGAAGCAACAUGAGUGCUGGUGGAGGAAACAACAGCAAGAAGAAGAGUCCUGCAAACAACUUCCCUCUCUCCACACAGGUACCUGACGUGAUGAUGGUGGGCGAGCCCACACUGAUGGGAGGGGAGUUCGGAGACGAAGAUGAACGUCUGAUCACGCGGCUGGAGAACGGCCAGUUCGACACGGCCAACGGAGCGGGGGGCCUGGAGGAUGAGGACAGUUUUGGUAGCUCCCCUGCUCUGGGGGGCGCACACUCCCCCUGGAACAACAAGACGCCCAGCAGCCAGGACAGCAAGAAUGACGCACAGUAGAGCCACAACCAUAAACCCUAACUCACCACCCAGAUACGCUACUCAUCUACCUGCAAAAUGAAUCCCACUCACGCUCUCUCUCGCACAUGCUCAGUGGUGCUCAACCCUGGCCCUCUUCCCCUUGAUCAUCAGUGCUAGGCCUGACUCUGUUCUGUUUGUGUGUGUGAGGGAGGGAGCCUGUGCUUACUGGUCAGAGUGUUUGAGUCAGAGCUGGGUUCGGCCGUCUAUGAUCAGUGCUAGCCAUGUUGGCCAUUUUGCUGGCGGACAUAUUGGCGGGUUCUUGUUCCAACCUCGGGUCUCUGGGUGUGUUGCCUUGACAGCGUACCUCUAUUUCUGUUGUGCUCACCUCCACAGGGAAGGAAUACUUAGUUUUAUUUAUUAUCUCUUAGAUUUUAGCAGAGUAAAACGUAUUGUGUGCACUACAGCAUAAAUCCAACGUUCAGUUUUUAAAAACUAAAUUAUUUGUUUUGUAGGACCUGGUUGGAACAAAAACCUGUACACUGCCGGAGCUUGAGGACCGGAGUUGAGAACCGCUACGCUAAACCUAAAACACACAACACGCAUGCAACACAUACAUACACACACACACACACACACACACACAACUCGCUCGCACGCACACACACAGACACUCUGAGGUACUGGAGAGAGGUCCUACUUCCCCACCUGGACCAGAGCACCAGGCCAUACAGAAGUGGGUUUUAAUUUUCUAUGUUUUUAGUUUGAUUUAAAUUUUUUAUUUUUAUAUCAAUUUCUAAAAAUGAAACAGAUGAGCAAACAAAUAAAUGAAACAAAAAUGCACCCCAGAAUAUUCUUUACUGUUUUCCACUAUCGUCAAUCUAUAUUUCUUAUGAAUUGAUGGUGUAUUUUGUUCUUUUUAUUAUGGAUUAUAUAAAGAAAUUGUAAAGCAUCAGAAACCUGUGACUGGAGAGGAGAAUCUACGGUAUGUAACUGUAUAAAUAUUACUGUUAGAUAAUUUGUAUUCUUGUCAUUAAGAUCUACAUCUAUGUAAUAUUGAAUUGUCUAUGCCUGAUACAGUAUGUUGCCUGUCAGUGUCAGACAUGGUAAUGACAUUAUAACAAAUCCCAGUGAUUCGGAUCUGAAGGGAAAAGCCACCUCUUUUAAUGUCCAAGCCUGCACCUUAAAUGGCACCAUAUUCCCUGUGAACUACUUUUGACAAUGACCCAUAGGGCUAUGGUCAAAAGUGGUGCACUAUAUAGAGCAGUGGUUCUCAACUGGUUUGUCCUGGGGACCCAAUUUGAACCGGGUCUGUCGCGGUCCAAUAUUUGCAUUGCGUUGUUUGUUGUUGCCAAAAUGCAUGCUAUUUUCAAUGCUAUAUUGAUAGUAAAUGUAUCAAUUAUAUGACAAGGGAACUGCAGUCCCACCUAAAUUUCAAUUUUGCCCCUAUUCUUGAAGAAUGUUAAACUCGUUUGAGAUGACAAAAUCAACCCAAUCUGCUAAAUAGUGCUGCUAAUAACUCUAUAUUGAAAAUACUGUGGUUUUAAGACAUAGUUGAGAUUAAAUUAAAUAUAGGUUAAUUAUAAUUGUUUGUUGUUUAACUUCAGAUUUGAGGAUGUAUUUUAUUUUUUCACUCACACUCAUCCGACCUAUUCAAAACCUCACGAGACCCACCAGUUGAGAAUCGCUGAUUUAGAGGAUAGGGUGCCUGUUGAGAUCCAUCCUAACUCCCUGUCUACUUAUCUGCUCAGUACCUCAUGUCCACAUCUCAGACAGUACAGACACGUAUUUUCUCUCUCUGAUAUGUUACGAAAACUUUUGAAGACAAUUUUGGCAUGGCAAUGUAAGAUAUAAGAAAACAACACAUUUUGUAUUGGCUUGCGUUUCCCAAUAAUUUGUAAUCACUAUUUUUGAAAGCUACAAACCAAGAAGCUACUUUGCAAGAUCCUUUUAAAUAUUGAUCCCCGAAUAUGCUAGUUUGUUUGUAUUAAUAAUUUUGUGCGCUUUUUCCUCUUAUGUUUGUGUCUUUGUGCUUGUAUAUUUAAGGUAGUUUCUGUAUAAUUGUUAUUCUACGUAUCCUUCCUUAGAUAAACACCCUAUGGCAUCUCUCCAAUGUAAAGAUACAUUUUUUUCUCCAUUUAAAAAAAAAAAACUGUUUGGUGGUUGUACCCUUGAAUGCAAUUUCCAUUCACGAGAGCUGGCUAUGAAUUUUUGUUCUACAUAAUUGGGUCGGCAGGGUAGCCUAGUGGUUAGAGCGUUGGACUAGUAACCGGAAGGUUGCAAGUUCAAAUCCCUGAGCUGACAAGGUACAAAUCUGUCGUUCUGCCCCUGAACAGGCAGUUAACCCAGUGUUCCUAGGCCGUCAUUGAAAAUAAGAAUUUGUUCUUAACUGACUUACCUAGUUAAAUAAAGGUAAAAUAAAAAAAAUACAAUUUAUUUAUUUUGAUACCGAUGCCAAUAGCUAGGUUUCCAUCCACUUUGCGACAGAUUUUCAUGCGAAUAUUCUAAAAUCUGCAUAAAUCAAUAUGCGCAUUUUCCUACCAGAGAUGUUUCCAUCAAACUGACGUUUUGCUCAUAAAAGGCUUUGCGCGAUGACGUAGCAGACAAAAACUAACUUUUGCAGUUAAUUCCCAUGUAUUCAAGUUCAAUCGGUUUCCAUUACAUUUUCAACUCUACUAAUGGUUUUGUCACAAACAUUGUUGCGUUUAUAUAGCAAAUAUGCACGCUCUGGUUUUGACACGUGCACUCCAGCCAACAGCUCACAGAUAGUGCGGGUAGGCUACCUACAUAAGAUGAUUAUAGAUAAGACCGAUUUUUAUUAUUUUAUUGGUUAAACUGCAGCCAAGCAUCUAUCAUUUCACCAGAAUAAGACUCAAUAUUUAGUGGAAAGGAGCAUCAAGUUCAUCACUUUGCACAUUCACCACCCUAUGAAGUUCAUUUAUUUAAUCUGAAGCCUACUUUAAACUGCAUUGUUUCCCGAGUUGUAGUGGGAGAACCAUAAACCAUAUCAUCGCGUGACUCCCGAGUUUACUAAAAUAUUAUGGUUAUUAUAUCAAUAUUUGCGCAUAAAGGUGUUUCACCCCCAUUGCACAAUUCAUUUUAGAGACACAAAAAGAUGCCACCAUAAAAUUGUACCAGCAUUUCCUGUUUCCAUCAGCCCUGUCAAUAAUUUUAUGCGUCAGGUAAUUAAUUUGCAUGAAAUGGUUGGAUGGAAACCUGGUUAAUGAGUUUGCAAGUUCAUGUACAAUAUCUAUGCCUUUGCCCCCAAUGUCAUUUUGUAGGCUUUUCUGGCUAUGUCAUCUCAACUAUACCUCACGUUUUCAAUAAAUGACCCCAAUAUGAUCAACACUCAGAUGUCUGAAAAGACUAGAGAAUUACAUUAUUUUCAUAUGCUUUUCCAGACGUUCCUCAUAGGUAACUUGACAUGAUUUCCAGUCAAGUCAAUAGGAAGAAAUCACCAUAGGGGGAAAAAAGAUUAUAGAAAAAGGACUACUUAAAAAAUAAAUCUUAUGUAAAAUCCAUCAGGACCUAAGUUGAACGAGUAAUGCAUUUCUCGCUCUCUAUAUAUUAAUCUUUAAUGCUGCAUUGUUGAAAGACCUGUAAGUAAGCAUUUCACUGUAAGCCUACACCUGUUGUUUAGGAAGCAUGUGACAAAUAAAAUUUGAUUUGACAGUGA